AAAUUAAAGACAGAACAAAAAAUAAGUAAUUCUCCAUCAAUACCAUUCCUCUCUUCUGAGUUUGCCGCCUGCAUAUAUUUCCUCGGGGGAUCUUUCCCUUCUGGUCUGCUCCUUUAGCUGAAGUUCAGAAAACCACCAAGCACUGAAUUUCCUUAGGUGGAAGGCUUUAUACAAUGGACAGAUAGCACAUCUAAACAGGCGUUUCGCUGAAAUUGGGGGUUCCAGCAAAGGGCAGUCUUCCGAUCCAAUGGGGGGAUUAAAUGCUGCGCAGUAUGUCUCUAUUGAUGAGGAAGCUUCUCCAAGGUUGGAGAAGUUCAGGAAGGUUUCAGUCUUACCUCUUAUAUUCCUGAUCUUCUAUGAGGUGUCAGGGGGGCCGUUUGGCGUUGAGGACAGUGUCCAGGCGGCUGGCCCUCUUCUAGCCCUGCUUGGGUUUCUUGUCUUCCCAUUCAUAUGGAGUAUCCCUGAGGCCCUGAUAACGGCAGAAAUGGGUACGAUGUUUCCGGAGAAUGGGGGCUACGUUGUCUGGGUUUCAUCGGCACUGGGGCCCUUCUGGGGUUUUCAGCAAGGUUGGAUGAAGUGGCUAAGUGGAGUUAUUGACAAUGCUCUGUACCCAGUUCUGUUUCUGGACUACCUUAAAUCAGCUGUGCCGGUGUUAGGUGGAGGUUGGCCUAGGAUUUUAGCCGUGCUGGUCUUGACUAUGGUUCUUACAUAUAUGAACUACAGGGGUUUAACGAUAGUGGGCUGGAUGGCUGUGUUCUUGGGGGUUUUUUCACUCCUCCCUUUUGUGGUUAUGGGACUCAUUGCAAUUCCAAAACUGGAGCCCUCAAGAUGGCUAGUGGUAAAUUUGGACAAAGUGAAUUGGCGUUUGUACUUGAAUACUCUGUUUUGGAAUUUAAACUACUGGGAUUCAAUAAGUACUCUUGCAGGAGAAGUUGACAACCCGAAGAGAACCCUCCCUAAGGCCCUUUUUUAUGCUGUCUUCUUGGUUGUUCUUGGAUAUUUUUUCCCUCUUCUGACUGGAACUGGAGCUGUUCCACUUAAUCUUGACUUGUGGAGCGAUGGUUAUUUCUCAGAUAUUGCAAAGAUCGUAGGUGGGGUUUGGCUGAGAUCUUGGAUCCAAGGGGCUUCUGCAUUAUCAAAUAUGGGGAUGUUUGUGGCUGAGAUGAGCAGUGACUCUUUCCAACUCUUAGGGAUGGCUGAGCGUGGGAUGCUUCCUGAGUUCUUUAGCAAGAGGUCUCGCUAUGGAACCCCUCUAGUUGGGAUCUUGUUCUCUGCCUCGGGUGUGAUUUUACUAUCAUGGCUGAGUUUUGAAGAGAUUGUAGCUGCAGAGAACUUCCUAUACUGUUUUGGAAUGAUUCUGGAGUUCAUAGCAUUUGUGAAAUUAAGGGUACAAAACCCAACAGCUUCAAGGCCAUAUAAGAUACCUGUUGGAACAGUUGGAGCCAUUUUAAUGUGUAUUCCUCCAACUAUAUUGAUCUGUGUCGUUUUGGCUAUUGCUUCUAUGAAGGUCAUGGGUAUAAGCCUUCUUGCUGUGUUGAUUGGGUUUUUACUGCAUCCUGGUCUCAAGUAUGUUGAGAAAAAGAGAUGGGUCAAAUUCUCCAUAAGUUCUGACCUUCCAGAUCUUUAUACAGCAACUGAUCAUGAAAAUACAGAAUCCUUCAUGGAUUGAACAAGUUGUUGGAUUAGCAUGUGAAGUUACAGUACCACUUACAAUGGUGCAAUGAAAAAGCUUUUCAAUGGUCUACUUUAUGUAGAGGGUUCCAAGCCACAUCAGUCUGCUAGCUUGGAGUGGCCUCCUGGGGAAAUAUGGCCAAAUCAGUCUGUUCACUUGAUGAUAACUUUUGUUUCUCCAAACUUUGUUAUUAGAAGCUAGGUUAUUUUGCCUUGUUUCUGAACUUGUAAUUAAGCAAAACAUCUUUAAGAUGUUUAUCAAUAUGCAAUUGAGAGCCAUAUAUCUUUUCUUGAUC